CUUUGUGGAGGUACUGCGCAGCCAUGGCGGCGGCGGGUCCCCUGAAGGAGCUCUGCGAGGAGGCCUCUUGCUCCGUCUGCCUGGACUAUUUCCAGGACCCGGUGACCAUCGCCGAGUGCGGCCACAACUUCUGCCGGGCCUGCCUGAAUCGCAGCUGGGGGGAGCCGGGGGCCUCGUCCGAGCCUUCCUGCCCCCAGUGCAGGGGAAGAGCUCAGCCCAAGAACCUCCGCCCCAACCUGCAGCUGGCCAACUUUGUGGAAAUAAUCAAAAGAUUCGCUCUGCAGGAGGGGAAAGAGGCCGGUGCGAAUGGGCAGCUGUGCCUGAAGCACCAGGAGUUCCUGAGGUCUUCCCGCAAAGACGACGAAGCCCCCCUCUGCAUGAUGUGUGGCAUAGCCGAGGAGCACAAAGAGGUGAGUCCUCUGGAGGAGGCUGCCCGAGAAAAGAGGGCAAGUAAGAAAUCUGGGCAUCUGGAUGCGGAAUGGCUGGAGAUUCUUCUUGGCUUCUCUGUCGUAGACUCAGUCCAGUGA